UAAAUAAUAAUAAUAUAAUUUUUGAUAAUUUAAAAAAUAGCAUAAACACAACAACAACAACAAAAAGUGCUCCUUUAAAAGUAACAACUGGACAAAUUAAAGAAGAAGAAGUAGAAUUUGUGAACUUUGUUCCUCAACAGGUGGAGGAACUAAUAACAUCCACCAAAUUGUCUAACCCAAAUCAGCUUGCUGCUGGUGGGCAAAUAAUAGUUUCUUCCUCGUCGUCAACUGACACAAUCCAAACAAUAAAACGGAAUAUGCCAAAGAGCAAUGAACCGAUUAAGAUAGCUUUCUCAGCAUCGCAUCAACAACAACCACAACAGCAACAGGCUCAACAACAACAGCCUCAACAACAGCAACUCCAACAACAACAACAACACCAACAACAACACACUACACAAUAUCAACUCUCGAAUAAUAGCUUCAUUAGAACCACCAAAAUACCAACUAGCAUGAAUUCGAGCGGCGGCAACCAACAAUCAGCGACUGGCGGGAAUCGGAUUACCUUUACCAGUCAGUCGCUACCAAAUGGCACAAUCAAUAUAGCCUCGCAAAGUCAGGCUGCUUCUAUUUUGCAAGCUGUUUCCACAGCUCAACUGCCCAAUACAACAACAAUUAAGACGAUAACAUCGGCUAGUGGCUUGCAACAACAUCAUCAACAACAGCAGCAGCAGCAUCAACAGCAACAACAACAGCAGCAGAAUUCACAAACAGUAGGUGCAACACAAACUUUGGUAAUUAAAAAUCACGCAGUCUCCCUGCCGGCGGGCUUAGUCUCUAGUGCACCAGGAAUUGUAACUAUGACCAAAACUAUUAAUCAGGGUAAUCAACAGAAUAUUUUAGGAACUUCAAUGAUUCCAGCUAGUGUAGUUGUAGGAAUGCGCCCACAGGGACAAAAUCAACAUAAAAACGUUGGCACGGGCACACUUGGACGUAUGGUUAUUGGCGGACAGCAUAUGGUUGGAACAAGACCAUCUAGCCCAGCGAUAACGUUAAGUACACUUACACCAGGACAAACAGGACCAGCCUUAAUACUGAAAACAGAAAAUGGAUUCCAGCUGCUGCGCGUCGGAACGGCCCCAUCGAAUCCAGUAAAUCAAAACAUGGGAGCCAACUCAUCGAAUCCCACAAUUCGCUUGCAAACAGUUCCAGCUGCUUCAAUGGCAGCGACAUCGUCCAACAAUAUUAUUGUUAAUUCAGUGUCUGGCUCAAAUGCAGCUCAGUGUUAUACAAGCCAAGCGAAUAUCUCAUUGCAACAGCAUCCAACAUCCACAGCGUCUGUGGCUCCAAUAACUGCCAUUCAACAUCAUCAAAUUCAACAGCAGCAACAACAACAGCAUCAGCAACAGCAGCAGCAACAACAACAAACAACGCAACAGCAAAUAACACAAAUCGUUCAGCAGCAACAACAGCAUCAACAACAACAACAGCAACAACAGCAGCAGCAACAACAACAGCAGCAGCAACAAGCUACAAUUAUCAAUAAUGUAUCGAACAACCAAGUAACCACGACUACCACACAAAAUACGGUUGCUCAGGGAAAUACCAAAGAGAAAUGUCGAAAGUUUUUAGCAAAUUUGAUAGAAUUAUCAACCCGAGAACCCAAACCCGUGGAAAAGAACGUGCGAACUCUCAUCCAAGAACUGGUUGAUGCCAAUGUUGAACCAGAAGAGUUCUGUGAUAGGCUUGAGCGUUUAUUAAAUGCAAGUCCUCAACCUUGUUUAAUUGGAUUUCUGAAGAAAAGCCUACCGCUUCUGCGGCAGUCAUUGUUCACGAAAGAACUCGUUAUCGAAGGAAUUAAACCACCACCGCAACAUGUUGUUGGUAUGAUUGGAUCGACAACGCUAACGCAUCAAUUACCUAAAAUUCAAGCGCAGAUCCGUCCCAUAAGCCAACAAACAACAACCAUCGGUCAAACUCAGGUCCGAAUGAUAUCACCGGCCGCUGCGCGACCAGUUGGUCAUACGACAAUAACAAAACAACAGACCGGUGGUAUUCGGAUCCAAGGACCACUCCAAACCAGUGGUCCGCGGUUGGUGAAUGCUCAAAUACGCCAAGUCAAUGCGAGUAAUACAACAAAUAUGCAAAAUAAUCCACCUCAAAUGCAGCCUGUCUCACAACCGAAUAUUGUUCAAAUUCGAACGCCGACAGCGCAUGUUAAUCGCUCACCAGCAACCGUUCAAAUCCGCACAUCGGCGCCGGUUUCGAAAACGAAAAACGCUGGUGGCGUAACGCACGUCAAAGUUGGCCAAACGCAGAUCAAAGCAAUUGGAACACCUCAAACACUGCACCAACAACAAAUAACACCAUCUCUGACGUCAACAGCAAAUAUCACUACCACACCAAUGUCCCAAACCAAUAGUCUAGCAUCAUCAUCAUCAAUAGCAAGCAGUGGUCCACAAUCCACCACUGGAGGAGGAGUAUCAUUGUUAAGCUCAACGAAUUCCAAUUUAUCAUCAGCAGCAUCAACAUCCAUCUCGACACCAACUGCCACCGCGAUUGCUGCACCACCUCCAUCAACUAAUAACUCUGCCCCAUCGAAUAUAAAUUCUUUUAGUUCAGUUGGUGGUCCUGCUGCAACAGCAAUUAGCACUGGAAAUAGUGGCAAUGUUGCCACUCCAAUGGUUAACUCAACAACAUCGGGCACAAUAGUUGCGAAUGCGACGACUAACAAAAUUGUUACUGUUAAGGCACAAGUAUCCCAAUCCGGUAGCAAGGCGUCGAGUAAAAAGAAACAACAACAAGAGGAGAAGGCCGCCACAACGGCAUCGUCGUUUUUUCAACAACCCUCCAUAUCAAUGUCAUCGUCCAUGUAUGGAGAUGAUGAUAUCAAUGAUGUCGCUGCGAUGGGUGGUGUAAAUUUGGCCGAAGAGUCGCAACGUAUUUUGGGCUCUACGGAAAAUAUUGGCACACAAAUUCGAUCGUGUAAGGAUGAGGUGUUUCUGCAUUUGCCAGUGCUACAGAAUCGAAUUCGUGCUAUGGUUGCGGAGAGAGGACUCGAAGAGCCAAGUCAAGACGUGGCCGUGUUGAUUUCACAUGCGUGUCAAGAAAGGCUGAAAAAUAUUGUUGAAAAAUUAGCUGUGAUAGCGGAGCACAGGAUUGAUAUUAUCAAACUGGAUCCAAGGUAUGAAGUAACUAAAGAUGUUCGUGGACAAAUUAAGUUUCUCGAAGAACUGGACAAGGCUGAACAAAAACGACAUGAGGAACAAGAAAGAGAAAUGCUGUUGAGAGCAGCAAAAUCUCGAUCGAAAAUGGAGGAUCCUGAACAACUUAAGCUUAAACAAAAGGCUAAAGAAAUGCAAAAAGCCGAAAUGGAAGAGCUGCGGCAACGUGACGCGAAUAUGACAGCGUUACAAGCUAUCGGACCAAGGAAAAAACUGAAAUUAGAUGGCGAUGUUACAACAAUAGGGGCACAAUCGGGAAAUACAGGAACUGGUACAACUGGCAUAUCACCAGCUCCAUCAAGGCCGCGCAUCAAACGUGUCAAUCUGAGAGACAUGCUCUUCUUUAUGGAACAAGAACGUGAAACGUGUAGAAGUCAAACGCUAUAUAAAGCGUAUCUUAAGUGAUCUAUAGUUUACUUGUUAACAUCAUUUCCAAACACAAAAAUCUUAGUUGUUAUUUUCGCACGCAAUAUUUUUUUUUUUUUGUAUCUUUAUUAUUUUUUUGAAAAACAUACAAAGAUUUGAUUUAAUUAUUAUUAUUUUUUUUUCUAUUUCUGAUGUUCUCUUAAUUGAUUGAUCCAUCCUUUACUCGAGACAACACACUCGAUUCUUGUUUUAAACUGAGAAAGAAAAAGCAAAUGAUUAAGUUCAAAUAUCUUGUUGUACAAGGCGAAAACAGUAUGUUUAUUUCCAAAAAACUAUUUUUUGAAGUACAUAUAAAGAAAAAAACAAUUGGUCAUAUUGUUUCAAAUUCAUUCGCUUUAUUCCACAAAAAUUAAGAAAAACAAAACAAGCAAUCAAAUUUUAGCUGCUCUCCGGGGAGCUUCAUAAAUCCUUCUUUCAAAUUCAAUUCUGUUGUAAAUAUUUCUAUCUUAUCGGGAAUUAUUUUCUUUUUUUAUUUCGCAAAUUUUUCUUUAUUUUUGUUUUGUAAUCUCUUCUCUUGAUGUGCUCUUUUAUUUUUUUUUAUUUUCUUCAUCUUCCUAAACUCUGAAUGUGUGUUUAAAAAAUUAAAAAUAUUUGCGAAGAUUUUUUUAUAUUAUUAUAAUAGUAAUGUAUGGCCUUAUAACAAAGUAUUUAAAUUAACUCUUAUUUAAUAAAAAAAUAAAAAAACAAAACAAAAAUAAGUAGAAGAGAACGAAAAUGAUGUCUGAAUGUAGAGGAGUAAAUUUAAAAAAAAAUCUAAUUUUCUUCUGGGGAGGUGUUUAGUUCACAUUUCGACAAAAAAAUUAUUUUAUUUUUUUUAUAUAAAUAAUUUCUUAUCAAUACCAUGUAUAGACAUAAUAUUACUUUAUAGUGUUUCAAUGGUUUUAAACCAGAAAAAUUAAAAUUAAAAAAAAAAAAAAAAACUAUACAUAAAAUACAUAUUAAUAUUAAAUUAAAUAUAUUAAAGCAAAUGUUAUUUUCUUAUUUCAUAAAAAUUAUAAAAUAUACUAAACAAAUAAAUAAUAAUAUACAAAAUGAAUCAAAGAAAAAAAAUAAAAUUAACAUUUUAAAUGUGGCUACUGCCGAUUUAACAUGUAUAACAUAAAAAUGUGUUGAAAAUAAGUAAAAAAAUUAGAAAUAAAAAUCAACCCGAAAAAAAAA